UCAAGAGCCCAAUAGAAACUCUAAAACCCCUCUUCUCUUCUUCGCCGCCUGCUUCUCAUCCAACGCAAACUACCGACAGCUGCUGCCGUCGCCACCGCCACGCCCUUCAUUUUCCGUCAAAAACUGGCCAAACUAUAACUCUUCUAGAGUUUCAGUGAAACAAGAAAGAAAUGGAUGCUUUCAAAGCUUUCAAAGCUUGUGUUCCAAUUGAAUGGAGCUCUAGACUAUAUAUAACACUUGUGAGAGGGCUGCCCGGCACAAGGAGGCUUCACCGGCGCACCUUAGAGGCAUUACGCCUUCGCAAAUCCAACCGCACUGUUGUACAGAGGAACACUCCUAGUCUCAGGGGAAUGCUUCAACAGGUAAAAAGGUUGGUUGUAAUUGAGACCGAAGAGAUGUACAAGGCUCGCAAAGAGAAGUUAGCCAAUCAUCGAGCUCUACAUCCCCCCUUGAUCAUUAGUCAUGUCCCAAUUUCUGCACCAAAAUCUACUUAGCAACCUUUGAAACUUUUCAGAGGCUUGCUCUUCCACCUCUUGUUUUUGAAGCAUUUCUGUUUCUAUACAAUUUUAUGCUUCAUACUACUUUCAUUCAAUUCUAUUUUAACUUUACUUUUGGCUGUUAGAUGCAAGCUCUUUACAAAUAAUUAGUCUAAAUAGUUGUGUAUUUGACUGUUUCUGAGAUCAAUAUCUUGUAAUGCAAUUCCCAACAGUCUAAAAUAUGUUUCCCCUCUUUUCCGCCCU